UGACAAGGAUAUACUACUGUCAAAUUUAAGUUUAGAAUUAGAGAAUCAUGCUAGAAUCGACAAAGAAGAGUUGAAGCAUGUACGACGAGUAUUACAGAGUAAUGGAUACCAGGGACAUUUUCUAUCUAAACACAAACUAAGACAACAGAGACACAGAGUAGACAGACAACCUGUUUAUUUGCCAUACGUCAAAGGAGUGACUGACAAGAUCUCAAACAUGCUGAAUAAGUACUCACUAAAACACUGUCUUCACUCCUGUGCGAAAGGUUUCACAAUACCUACGGUCUCCUAAAGACAACUUCCGCUUGGAGAAAACUGGUGUCUAUAAGAUCGAUUGCAGCUGUGGUAGUUCGUACAUUGGCCAAACAAAGCGAACAGUAUCAUGCCGAAUGAGGGAACGCAUAAAAGCAAUCAAGAACAACGAUACGCAGAACUCGGCCAUCGCGGAACAUUUGAUUGAUUCUGGUCCUAACCACUGGAUUGAGUUUCAUAACCCACAGAUUAUCUCGACGGAACGCCACUACAUACCAAGAUUGGUCAGGGAAGCGAUUGAAAUAACAAAACAUAAAAAUUUCAAUCGUAGGACGGGUUUAAAUUGUCGAGUGUCUGGAAUCCUGUGGUGUCUGGAUGUGUAAAAUUGGAAAUAAUCAAAAAAGUGUCGUGUCGCGCUCCGAUACUGUAAGUGUUGUGUGUCGAGAACAGUUUCGAGUGAAUAGUGAAAAUGUGAACAGUGGUACGGAUAUCGAACGCAAUAAAAGACUACGUCGGAGGGUAGACCGAUAUGUCUGCCAAUAACAGCCUACCCGCAACUUCAGUUACUCCGUGAUCAUGGCGCUUGCAACAGUGCCGAAAUAUCGGAAACUCGCUAAAAACAAGGUGCUAUUCACACGCCCUGUGUGCAGUUGUGCUGGACUGCCAUCGGGCGCGUCUCCUGGGUGGCGGAUGGGGGCUUCGGCCGGCGUGGACCAACACUAUCAAAAUCUCGUUACUCCGUACGUAGUCGGGGCCGGACCGCGAAAAUGGACCGUUGCUGCACUUUACCUAACAAGGCCGCCAAAAAAAGCAAUAAAUACUUUAGACCGCCGGUGCGCGCUUGAUGUUCGAGCCAGUGUCGGUGUGGUGGCAAAAUGUUGCGGCCGUGGAUUCUGCUGGUGGUGACCGUGGUGGCAAUGGUGGUUGCUGAAGUAAUAGAUCCCGCGGCGCAGCAGAUUCUCCUGUUCAAACAAAAGACGGAGGGACCCAUUGGCAUCAUGACGACAAGCAGCGGGGCACCAGUAGAAUAUUCUGAUGCCAGAGUAACGCUGAACAAGAGGCUGAUAUUCAACGAAUACUUCAUGGAUUCACUCACUCAUUUAGUAAGAGAGAGGAUUCCAGAACGACUGGUCCACGCUAAAGCAGGCGGAGCUUUCGGUUAUUUCGAGGUUACGCAUGACAUAACACAUAUCUGCAAAGCGAAAUUUCUGAGCGGUAUAGGCAAGAAGACUCCAGUUGCAGCCCGAUUUUCCCCAGUAGUCGUAGAACGAGGAGGCAUAGAUACUUCUAGAGAUGCGAGAGGUUAUGCUGUUAAAUUUUAUACAGAAGAAGGCAAUUUCGACAUCGUCGGUUUCAGUACACCUAUGUAUGUCUACAAAGAUCCACUGUUGUUUUCAACUUUCGUAAGAGCACAGAAAAGGAAUCCUGCUACUAAUCUUAUUGAUCCAAAUAUGUUGUGGGACUUUUUGACUUUGAUACCAGAGAGUCUACAUAUGUUUCUACUUAUUUUCUCGGAUCGUGGUAUUCCUGAUGGUUAUCGUCAUAUGCCAGGAUUUGGUAUACAUACAUAUCAGGUUGAAAACAAGGAUGGUGAGAUACAUUUUGUGAGAUUUCAUUUUACCCCUGAGGCCGGUGUAAGGAAUCUGUUUACAGAAGAAGCCAGAAAAAUAAACGCAGUUGAUCCUGAUUACGCUACAAGGGAUCUUUACAGAGAAAUAGGCAAAGGCAACUAUCCUGCUUGGAAAGUAGACAUUCAAGUGCUAUCCUUGGACGAUGUUAAGAAUGCAGGAUUUGAUGUCUUCGAUGUAACUAAAACUUUACCGCUGAACAAAUAUCCAUUAAUACCUGUUGGUAGAUACGUCUUGAAUAAAAACCCAGUCAAUUACUUUGCGGAAAUAGAGCAGUUGGCGUACAAUCCAGCGAAUUUAGUGCCUGGAAUCUCAGGAGGGCCAGACAAAGUUUUUGAAGCUCGCCGUCUGGCUUAUAGAGAUGCUCAAUAUUACCGUCUAGGAGCCAACUUUAAUAGAAUACCCGUAAAUUGUCCAAUUAACACGGUAGUUCGCCCUUACAAUCGUGAUGGCAGCCAGCCGCUUAAUGAUAACCAAAAAGACAUUCCAAAUUAUUAUCCCAACUCAUACAAUGGACCCGUUGCAUAUAAAGAUCGAAAUAAAGUGGAAUUAAUAGAGAUAUAUCAAGAUCCACCCAACAAUUUUGAUCAAGCGACUGAAUUGUAUAUAAACGAGCUUGGUAAAGAGGAGCGCGAUCGGUUGGUGGCCAAUAUUCUUGACAGCAUAGGUCCGGCUGCUAAAUUCUUGAAAGAAAGAGCCGUAAAGCUCUUUAAACUCAUCCAUCCAGAUUUAGGUUAUAGAAUAGAAAGUGGUCUAGCGUCAAAUCGAACGAAAAGCUAUUACGAUUAUGAUUAUUAUUAAUGACUAUAAAAACAUGAUUGUUUGUAUACUUUUAGAGCCAUUUGUUAAAUUUAUUGAGUUGUAUAGCGAGCAAUAUACAUGUAGGCACUAUUAAUUUAUUCAAGCGCUGUUUCAAGCCAUGAAACCAAACAACUUUCCUAUAGAAAUUCAUUCCGGCAGAAAUUUGUGCCACAUAAUAAUGGAAAGGCUAUUUAUUUGCCUAAGUUUUUUUCAGUGACUACAUUUAUAAUCUUCAGAUGUAUAGCUGCAAGUAUAAUUCAAAAAAAUACAUAUUUAUCGCGACAUGAUACAAAUCUAUUUAAGUGUAAAUGCAUAAGUGUUAGAUCCUCUAAUUACCUACAAUUUUGCCAUUCAUUUUUUUUCGUUUGGGGUUUGUUAGUGUUUUCACACAAAAUUGUAACAACUUAAUACAUAAACAGUCAUUAAGU